AUGCCGCUCAUCAAGUUGACCCCUUUACAAGCAAGGUUUACGGCAUGCCUCUCGGCGUCCGUCUUCCUGUUGCUGCUGUACCUCACUUUGACAAGACCUUCCUUUGCUUACGCCCUCGAGCAUGACUCCUCUCGGAUAUCUUCUGAAGACCACAACUUUUAUGUCAUAUCAGACGGGGACGAACAGGAAGAGACGGAUGAGGAGAGAAUAACAGCCCGCGCUGAAGUUGGAGUGUCGGCGCUUGCCAACAACGACCCCGCAAACAGUAACAUCGAGAUCGGUCAGACCCAGAACUGGGUGUUCCCAAAGGAUGCUAUAGACGGUCCCCACGGGACGCCUGGGGUCGGUCUGCCAGGCGAAAAGCUGGAGGAAACGGAUUUGCUCCCGGAACAGCACGAACUCAGACGAAGGCAGGCCGGAAACACUGUCUACAUUACUCUCAACACUUGUCUGCAGCCUUCGCCCAAUGCCACGAAUGAAGUGCCUCCACAGUUGCAGAUGUACAUUUCCUUGUCCGAGUCAAAUCAGAAACCAGGGCCUGAUUCCGGAGACCCCAAACAACAGACCAUUACAGUUGAUGGAGGCUAUGCGAUCUUUGAGGCGGACGUCGAUAGUGAUGUGUACGUGGGGAUCUCUGCGCCCAACACCACGGAAUUCUCAGGCAUCUGGAACUACAACCUCGCCGCGUCGAUCGAUGCGCCUUUCCAUGACUUUAAGGACCCAGCAGUGAAGAACCUGUAUUUCGUUGACGGCGACAACCAUGCAGCCCUCCUGAUUACCAACGAUACCACGCAAGCUCUUCCCAACCAGACUGUCUAUCAGGAAUGGAUGAAGCUGAGUCCUCCGUGGGGUGUCUUCGCUUCGAAUCAGAAUUCACGGGCAAUUCUUGGGGUCCAGAAAUCGUUCUGUGGGCUGCGAAACAAUGCGCAACUGGCGGCGAAUAUUGACAACAUCCCGAACCAAAAUGUCGCCCAAAUGACCAACAGAGGCUUGGGCGGCAAGCCCAAGGAGCAGUUCUACAUCACCGGUCUCAAUGCCACCUCGAAAUACUGGGGCAUGCUGGUCAUGGAAGGGAACUCGACCGAAUCGGGCGCCGGCGUGAUAGGAGGCGGCGGCACCGUCUGGGCAGCCAUGGAAUUCGAGACCAAGACCGAAAACAACUGUGCCCUCUUAUACAAUCUCUCGUUCUGCUCGGAAGUGGCUUACGCCGUGCCCACCAACCCGGACAAAUUCUCCCCCCAGACAGGACUCCCCGAUCUAGCCAGAUUGUACGAUUCUCAAGCGGCCCAAAUGUACCAAUACUUCAACUACUCCCUGCAACAAAUCCCUUGUAACACGACUUCCAGCGCUCAAUACUCUCUCGCCCGCAACUGCGAUGAUUGCGCCCGGGCGUACAAACAGUGGCUCUGCGCCGUGACCAUCCCCCGUUGUGCAGAUUUCUCUAGUACGUCUUCAUUCCUCAAACCGCGAAAUCUCGGCCAGCCCUUCAUCAACGGCUCGAGCAUUUCGGCCGACCCGUCGCAAUUCAACGUCAACCAAGCGCUCCUCAACCAUGUGGCCACGAACUCUUCGCGGAAUCCGGUCAUCGACACGUCUAUCCAGCCGGGACCGUACAAGGAGGUCCUGCCCUGCGAAGACCUGUGCUACGACCUCAUGCAGAGCUGUCCGGCGAGUUUGGGGUUUGCGUGUCCACUCCGAGGAAAGGGCUUGGAGGACAGUUACGGCAAACGAGUGGAUGAGUCGGAGGGGGUUAUCAGUUGCAGCUAUCUGGGCGCGGCGUAUUAUUUGAGCGGGAGCUCCAUCCUCCAACAACCGAGCGUGUAUAGCAUGGCGUUAGUGGCGUUUAUCCUGGGCCUGAGGAAUCUUCUCUAA